AUUCAUUUUAAUUCAUAUAUCAUGUAUAAGAUUAUUUAUUUUGGUGUGCUUGUAGUCUCGUUUGUUUCUCUCGUAGCUCCAACGGGUAAGGUUGGCAAGGCUCGCGCCUAUAACAAGGGGGAAAUUUUGCGUGAUCUACAAGAUGCAGUUACCGAGAUCAUACAAUCUGGCUCUGGCGUAACGCAGGAAAUUUUAUCAAUAAAGAAACGUUUUAAGCUCGUGGAGGCUCUUUCCUUUUGUCUGGAAAGUGGUGACAUUACGAAACAAGAACUUGCGUCAUGUCUAAAUACGCUCAUUAUAGGAAAUGGCCUGGAUCCACCCGUUAGUGUUUCUGAAUGUCUAGGGGAAUAUAUAAUGUGUACGAGCAGAGUCUGUCUAGGAGCUAUAAACGAGGAGAAAGACGAUGCCAUAAAGUGUCUGGUUGAAUGUUUGCCUCAAAGUAUUUUGUGUAUUACACGAUCAACACCCUUACCGGAAAGAAUAAAGGGACUAUAAUCAUUCCGGACGUCGUUAUACCCAUCGCUAUAAUGCUCUGUGAGCACCGGAUUUAUGUUAUAUUCACCUUGAAUUGAGAUCCAAAAUUAGCUCAAACACACCAAUAACUUGUCAUUUUUU